GGCUAUUUUUGUAAAAAGUUCAUGGAGGUACAACGUCAAAUUGGUGUGCAACCAUUAUUAAAUUGAUUCUGAAUUAAAUGAAUCUUAUGUGUAAUUUUGAGUUUUAAAUGUUGGUUUCUGUGAAAAAUGGCAGAAAAUUAUGCAGUACAAACUGCUAGCAAAGUGUCGGUGGAAAAACUUGUUCGAGUUGGCCUGUAUGAGUUGGGAAAAACGCUGGGUCGUGGAAAUUUUGCUGUGGUGAAGCUCGCCUCGAAUCUUGUCACAAAGUCAAAGGUGGCAAUUAAAAUAAUUGAUAAAACAUGCCUGGACGAGGAAAAUUUGCAAAAGACCUUCAGGGAAAUUUCGGUACUGAAACUCCUGAGCCAUCCGCACAUCACUCGCCUUUACGAAGUGAUGGAGUCCAAGUCUAUGAUUUACCUUGUCACAGAACAUGCAUCUCGUGGUGAGGUGUUUGACCAUUUGGUGGCCAAUGGCCGGAUGACUGAAGAAGAGGCAUCCCGUGUGUUUGCCCAAAUUGUCUCGGCUGUAGACUAUUGCCAUCGCAAGGGUGUUGUUCAUCGUGACCUCAAGGCAGAGAAUGUCUUACUGGACAAUGAUAUGAACAUUAAACUGGCAGAUUUUGGAUUCAGCAACACUUUCACAGACGGUGUGCCAUUGAGCACAUGGUGUGGAUCUCCACCAUAUGCGGCCCCCGAAGUAUUCCAGGGUCUCGAGUAUGACGGGCCUAAAGCUGACAUCUGGAGCCUUGGGGUUGUGCUGUAUGUACUUGUGUGUGGAGCUUUACCGUUUGAUGGGGCUACUUUACAUGAUUUACGAAGUGUAGUGGUCGCCGGAAAAUUUCGGAUUCCUUUCUUUAUGUCGCAGUCUUGUGAGGAUCUCAUCAGGCAUAUGCUACUAGUGCAACCGGAACGACGAUUUACCUUGAAACAAAUCGCCCGGCAUCCAUGGAUGGCUCAAUGGACGGGAAUGAUUGAAGAAGCGUCUACAAUGGGUAACAAUGAUCCCAUGAAUCUCGACUCAGUAGUGAUGACGCACAUGUUACAGCUGCCCGGUUUAACAGCUGACAUGAUUGCUCAGUCAGUUCACGAGAAUCGAUAUGAUCACAUUUAUGCUAUCUAUAAUCUUCUCGUGGACAAAUUACAGAGUAAGAAGAGAGAGCAACAGAGAAUGCAACAACAUGGGAACUAUAUGUAUCCUAGAUCAAGAAAAGCGAGUAUUACAACGGGAAUUGUAGAAAGGAGUGAACCGUCGAAAAAUGAUGCCAUUGAUCGAUUGAGUCCUCUCACUAACAAUGGCAUGCCCUUCCUCACAACCCACAAUCCAUGUGACUUGAGCACAGAUUUUGAGAAGUUCAUCGACACAGACUUCGAGACAAACAUUCCUGCAUCUCCAGCUCAGCAACUCGGCGAUCAGCACUUCCCGCUGGCACCUAAUACAUCAGGUGGAAAUACGAGAAGACACACAGUAGGUCCAGGUGAUGUGGCCCAUGAACAAGCACUUGUAAAUCCGUCAGCUCAGCCGAUUCCUUUCAAAUUUGGCACGGAGUGUGGUACUAAUUUACCUGUAAACUUGCCCAUGCUGCAAAAUCAGCCACUGCAUAAUUUCACCAUAAAAGAUCAGCAUUUACUGAAGCCACCAACUGUAAUGGGAGCCAGUUCAUUUGGAAGACGUGCAUCCGAUGGUGGUGCCAAUUUACACAUUUAUUACCCGACUACUAGUAACAGUGGUCCAACUAUGGAGAACCUAUAUAAUCCUCCACCAACUGGAGAGUGUUUUGCAGUUGGAACACCUGAAAGGGUUGAAACGCGCCUUGAAACAUCACAAAUUGAAGUAGGAGACGAAUCUAAUGAUGAAAUUCAGAGAUAUAUGCAUGGACGAGGUUGCUCAAAACGACAUACAGUUGGGUGCACUGAUGAUUUACCAGCACCCCCUAGUACUGUUAGCAGUCCAAUGGAGCCUCCUUUGACACAUUCACCGGUAAUUGGUGGCUCCAGUGGUGGACGAACAAGACGAAGUGGAUUGCUGACAGUCACAGAACGGCCACCAGUCAUAAGUCCCGAACUGAUCAGAGAAGUGGAAGCACGCAUGAAUCGGAAUUAUCUACCACCUUCACUUAUGCAAAAUUCCCAGGGGCAAUUGCAGCAAAAUACCUCUGCUGCCCGUCGUUUUGGACGAGCCUGCAAAUUGCCAACUGUACAGGAAGUUGGUCGCUAUAGUCCCGUGAGGCGUGCUUCUGAAGGCUCUAGGAUCAAUACACAAUUUCAGGGACCGUUUCAAGAAUGUCAGCAACUUCAGAAAGGACUUGCUCAACGAAAUCUUCUAAUUACUCCAAGUCCUCCGCUUAUUGAUAAUUGUGUCAGUUUGCCAGGAUCACCGAUACAUUAUAGACUGAAUGAGGACCAGGGGGCUCAUGACAUCGAUAUCCCAGCGGAUAAGAUGAUAAUGCUGAUGUCAGGUUUGGAGCGUUUGCUUAAUGAAUGUCGCAUCAGUGUGGAAACAGCCAACAGUAUUUUGACGACGAGACGUGUGCCACUUGAAUUGGCACAACAUCUUGGCCUUAUGGCUCAUUCGGGCAACAAUGGCCUUGAUGUGUCCUCACCAGCAAGUCACAGCCAAAGUGUAUCACCAAUUCCGAGCAAUUUUGUCAAAACGAGUGGUUUCAGUUCACCCCUGGCUCAUUAUAGUGGUAGUGCAUGUGCAUCACCAAUCUUCAAUACAUCCCCCAUGCAUCAGAUUACGAAGGGGAUCAGUGGACUAAAUACAGGCGGCGGAUCAAUCUCCAAGGGUACUUCGGCUGUGUCUGAAUCAAAUCAGCCUUUAGAUCUGACAAUGGAUGUUGGAGCGGGUGGUGAAGGAAAUGCUCAAUGGUAUAUUCCGGGGAAUUUUUAUGAGUUGAAGCCACUAAAUCUGUCUCCGGUACAACAAUUGAGGAUUAUUCCUACGCCACCAGCUUCACCCAAUUUGUGCAUCAUUCAAGAGGAGAAUUCUGUGGCCAGGGCAACUGUGGAUGUGCAAAAUCCAGUAAUAGUGACUGGUGAUGAGACCACAAUGUCGCAUCCACAUCCGCAGAUUUGUCUGACUGAUGUUCAGGGCAGUGAAAUAACAUUGGUAGCAUUGUCAGAUUCCAGUCGUGACAGCGAAGAUUCUCUGGAUAUUCACAAUUCCAUUGGGCUUCAGGGACUUGUGAUUACAGAACCAUCAAAUGAUAUGCCGUCAAUAACACGUGGCGUUGGUCGAAAGGCCAGUCUCGAGAGUGAAUCAACUGCCACUAAUAGUUCCAAAGGGAAUGUAAAGGAAAUAAUUGAGGCUGAUACGAGGCGAGGAAGUGAUAAAUCACUGGGAUUUAGUGAUGAUAGUCUCAGCAAUGACUCUAAUAAUCUCUCACCCAGCCAAGAACCCUCAACAAGUUCGGGUUUUAGGAGUAGUGUUGAUUCGAGGAGUGAGAUGGGAAAUGGUGAAACACCCCUUGAGGAUGUCCUCGAGGAGUGCUAUGAAUUGCCACUGCCACAUGAGUGCUCAAAUCUCGAUCCGACACACAUACUAGAACUAGUGAAAAAAACAAUUGACUCGAAGAUGCCACCAAAGGGAUUUGUGCUCAAUCGUGUAGAUGCCGAUCGGGAUGUAGCUUUGGUGGACAUCUCGAAUCUCAGUCUCGAGUACUCAGGUGGCCUUCAAAUUGAGUUGCAGGUAUAUGAGGGUCGCAAAGACAAUGGUGUACGUGGAAUUAAGCUCAGACGCAUCUCAGGGGAUCAAUUUGAGUAUGGGAAACUAUGUCAGCAACUCAUUAGUUCCCUCACAGUGUGAAUUCCAGAGAUCCAUUCCUGUGAAGAUGAUGGUCCAGAUGGCUAAAUGUGCCGCUCAGAGAAAACAAACAGGCUAUUUUAAUAGGGAAAAAUGCAUGUACGAUAGAUUGUUUUUGCUCGCAGCAACUUAAAUGAUCUGCCAUAGAAAUAGCCAGUAUGAUCUGUAAUUAUUUAAUUUAAAAAAAAAUUAAAAAAAAGAAAGAAUUUAUCAGAUCAUAAAUUAUUUUAGAUGUUACUUCUUAAAUUUAGGUGCCAUAUUUAGCUUGUUUUAAAGCUUUCCUUUGAAAGAGUUUGUUUUUUUUUGUGUUUUAUUUGAAAUAUAAUUUCAUAAAAUAGUGUUUCAUUAUAUUGUGAAUAAUCUUUUGAAGAAAAAAUAAAAAAAGAAAACAGCGUUCUAAAUUUCUACUCACAAUAAAAGCAAAUAGGAGAAUGAAAAAAUAGUGAGAUGAAAGAAAUGAUGAUAGGAACUUUGAAAAAUGAAUGAGAACCAAAUAGAAAAUUACACUCAAUGAGAGAAAAAAAACAAAAUAAAAAAAUUAAUAUAAAAACAUUAAAUUUAAAAUCGAUCUUUAUAUAUUAUAUAUAUCACGUAAUAAUUAAAAGAAAAUCAUUCCAGAAGUAUGCCCUGAAGUGGAGAAUUAAAGCACAACUCUGUAUUGUAAGUUUCUUUUGUCCGUUUGACUACCACGUCUAAAGAAACCAUACAUCAAUAUAGAGAUAAUUAUAAAUUUGUGAAUUUUUUAUCCUUGUUUCGUAAAACAUAUAACAAGAGGUAUAUAUUAUACAUAGGUGGGAAAUUAAAAUAUGCAAAGAUUAUGUAAAUAGUGAUUUUAUUUAAUGGUUAGGGUAAAAAUGUAAUAUAUUUGUUCACAUUCCUAGAAUUUGGGUAUAACAAUGUACACAAUUAAAGAAUUUUUGGUUUCAUACGAGAAAUGAACUAAGGUAAGUGAAGCAUGUAUCGAAGCAUGAAGGUCGGAUCGUCACCCCAAAAUAAAAUGAUUUUUUUUUGAAAAUUAUUCUUCGCUUUUAACGAAUUAUCUUUUGUAACAUGCUUUCCAUUUUAGUAACUAAUGAAAGACAUUUUGCAAAAAAAAAAAAAACAUUUAAUAAAAGGGAAUGGAUAAUUUUCAAAAAAGGAAAUCAAGAGGUUACGAUCCAACCUUCAUGAUCGAUAGAUGUUUCACUUACGUUAAUGUAAAGGGAAGAUAUUGUAGAUUUGCUACUUGUCAAGGAUAAAGUUUUAGUUUGAUGUAUUAGAAUGGGAUUUAUAUACAAUUUUUCUUUCUCACGAUGUCCACAAGAAAUAUUCUAAAUUAAUCUGGGGGGUAAAUGAUAAACUUAUCGAUAAUAUCGAAUCCUAGUAUCGUUAAAUUCAUAUCUGAUAGACUAUAAGUAAAUAUAGACUUUUUAAGCAUUGUCUGGUCAUUUAUUGUAACAUUCUUGGUAGAAUGUGACUACUGAUAAAUAAAUAUCUACGGUAACUACAAAAAGCGUAGCUAAUAUUACUACAAUUUCUCUGAAUCGACAGUCGAUACUAUCGAAAAGAAGUUGUAUCAUGUUAACCCCUGGAUUUGAAAUAAUCUCAAUGAAAAUAACCUUGCAAACAAACACACUGAUACACUCUAAUAUUUCUGAUUUCUAAUAUUUAAAAUUACAGCAAUGAAAAUCUUUUCUCAUUAAGUUUUGCUCUGGACGGAAAAUUUCGGUAUUUGCUGCAUAUUAAACAAGUUGAGUAUGUAAGGGAGAUCGGGGUAGAAUUAGACAGCAAAUGAAAUUUUUUGUUACCUCUAUAAUUUGUGAAAAACAUGUUUGAGUCACAAUGAUAAAUAUUUCAAUGAAUAGAGGGGGAGUAUCUUACUCUAAACUAGUUUGCUUAAUAUUCUUUCUAAGGAAAACUAUAAAAACACCACUGUCUAAUUCUGCCCCAGACUAAUUCUACUGUUGCCUAAUUCUGCCCCGGUCAGCCAAUUGCAGUUUGUUGUAAUUUAAAAAUAUCAUAUCAUACAGCCACAAUAUUUAUUUACACUUUUAUAUACAAUGAGUAGAAAAACUGGUGGUCACUUGAAUUGGCGAAUAAAAGGGGAAAAAAUGAAAAUGAAAAAAAUUAAAAAAUGAAGGUCGGGGAUUGUCAUUCCAAAAUUAAAUGGCUUUGAAAAUUAUUUAUCUUUUAAAGAAUUAUCUUUAGCAACAAGUGUUAACCAAACCAAUAAUAAGCUCAGGGAUAAGCUUAUGGGAUUCUUCACUGAGAAAAAAAAAGAGGAUGCGAUUUACUUUUUUUCCUCAUAACUUUAACACUUUUUAGGUGUAAAAAUAUAUCAACAUUGUUUAAUGUUAAUUUUACACCUUUUUUAAGAGUAAAAUUAACAUGAAAAAGGGUAACUUUAACCCAUAAUACACCUAAAAAGCAUAAUAUUUACACUGAUUUCGGAUCAAUACUGCAGGGUAAAAUUAAUAUUUCCGGAAUGUUAUUUUAACUUUUUCGGAUUUCUCUCAGUGUUCAGACGCUACCGUGGAGUGCUUGUAUCUCGGAUUGCGUGAAAAUCCGAUUGUGAGUUGAAUUUUGGUAGUGAAGAAACUGUUCUCAGUUCUGAGUGUUCUUCUUUACUCUCAAAAUCCAACCAACAAAAGAAUUUUCGAGCAUUCCGAAUUGCAAGCACUCCGAGUUGCAUGCAUUUCGAGGUCACCUGUAAAUAAUCUCAGCUACCAUAAGCUUAUCUGGGCUUAUCGCUGGUCAUUUUCUGAUUUAAAUAGCUUGAGUACAGAAGGCCAAAACAAUAUCACUGAUUAAACAUUAGACAUAGAGUUCGGUCAAUUUCACAAUAGUAAGGGUCAGGGUACAGUGAAGUGGAAUAAGCUAAGCAUGGAUGCAAUUUAUCGUUCGAAAGGUCUUAAACUUAGAUAUAAUAUAUUGAAAGUUCAAUUCAAUUCAAUUAUAUAUUUCUCCUCAGUUAUGCUUUGUUGCAUCUGCCGCCGACUUACCACUAGGGUAAAUGUCCUAAUUCAAAACCAUUUCCAGGCGCAUUAACUUUAACAGAAGAUUCAACACAUUAAGUUCAUAUUUUUUUCUGAAGAGAAUUACAUAAAUUUGCUCCUUGACUCUUCUAGAAAUGUUACUGUUUAGUGAAAAUUCUUUAGAUAUAAUUUGAAAACUUCUUAAAUACAAGAAAAAUACGCGAGCGUAAAAUGCUUCUAUUGGAAACAUAUUAAUCCAAAUGGAGACACGGGAAAGUUCCUAAUUGGAAACAAAAAGUGUAACUGAAACCGCUACGAAAGGCUUCCAAAACCUUCUUGAGUUGUUCUUGAGUGCAGGAUUUGUUCUUAUUCCUGGUCUCUUCUAAUUUCCCAACUAAAACAAUAAGAAAAUCUCUCCAAAAAAUCAUAUUUCCGGAGUUUCCUAUUGAAGCAUUUGUAGACACUUUAGAAAAAUACUUUUUGUUCACGAAAUAGGUAAUUAUUUCAUUUGACAGCUUCACGUACCGUUAACAAUAAAGAUUAGCACUUAAUUUAACUAAAAUUAGCCAGAAAUAUUACAUAAAUGUUAAACAAAACGAAUAAACAACAGUCACCUUAUUGUGUUUUUCAUUGGAAAACAUGGUCGAUCGAUGAAAAAUUCGAUGGUGAAAAGGUACCCUUCUAAUUUUUCUGAGAAAUUAACAAAUUAAAAUUUGUGAAUAUGAAUGGAUUUUCGCUUUAUUUAAAGCAAAAUUAACUAAAUAAUGAGACUGUGGUAUAGAAAAUAUAUAAAUAUAAUAAUUUAGUACUGUAUUUAUCGUGAAAACAAUGAUGUUUCCAUUUGGAGUAGCGAAAAGUUUCCAUUUGAAGCAGGUUUUGAAUUAGCUUAAUUUACCCUACCGAUCUCAUCAGGUAAACGGCAGAAACGCUGAAUCAUAGUUCGCAUAUGCCAGAAAAUGUUUUGUGUGUGUCAAAUAUUAUAAUUUUACAGUAAUUUCAAUUCAAAUAAUGGAUAAAUAAAGAUCCCAAUGUUGCGUGGAGGGCACUCAAUGGGUCAAAUGGUAGAGCACUUGCUCUAUAAUGCAAGUGUCCCGGGUUCGGAGCCCCUUUUGGUCACCAGGAAUUUUUCUAGCGUUAAAGGUGUUCGGAUUGCAUCCAGUGAUCUUCACUGCACUUGAUUCCAUGGGGAAUUUGACUGACAACCCCAUCCCUGUAUAAGAAAAAUAAUAAUGGAUGUCUCAAACUCCCCAUGUGGGAAGGCCUAGUUCCUCUAUCACUAAGAAAAAACAGGGGUACACCUUAUUAAAAUUUUACACCUUAUUAAGGGUAAAAUUAACAUGAAAAAGGGUACCCUUAAACCCUAAUACACCUAAAAAGGGUAAUAUUUACACCGAUUUCGGAUUAAUAAUGCAGGGUAAAAUUAACAUUUACGGAAUGUUAUUUUAACUUUUUCGGAUUUCUCUGUCAGUGUUAAAAAAAACAAUUCAAUUCAAUAGGGAUAUGGCUUCUCUCCAAAAUAAAAGCCUUUUUAAAUUAAAAUAAAUUGUAAAAGUUAUACCUUAUUUACGAAUACGUGAAAUUUUUCAAAAGAGCAAAACAAGAGACCAUAACAAUGUAAUAUGUCAAUAAUUAAAAUAUUUCUUUAAAGCUUAAACAAGAAUGAGUAUAUAAAGUUGAAGUAGUGCGAUGCAAAAUCUUUGUUGACACAAAGAUUUUUAUAGAGAUUGUGUGAAAAUUUGUGUGAUUAUGAACCACACUUUAAAAAAAAAACAGUUCUUAGUAAUCUAUAUAAAAUUAUCUACUGUAUAUAGAAAAAAACAGUAUAAUUCUAUUAAAUUUACACAAAAUGUGUAAAAAAAAUAAAAAUAAUUAUUUGUUGUGUAACUCUGAGUAAAUAGAAGUUAAAGGAAAAGUGUGCAGAUCAUCUCAAGAUGUAAAUAAUUGAAGAUACAUUAUUAUAUACAAAAAAUAAUUACAUAAAAAGACUGCUGUGAUCUAAGUAAAUGAAUAAAUGGAUUUGUAAUCAUCACAAA